AUGGAGAGCCACCACACACCCGGCAGCUGUGUGGCUAAGACGUCCGUUUGUGUCACUCGGGUGAGCAACGCCCAUGAACCUCCAGGAUGCUACGGACAUCACCCAAGAAGAAGAAACCCACAUGAAGAGACAAUGGACAGUCCCCCGGCCAUCAAGCACGACAGAAACAUUGAACACAAUGAAGGAAAAUUAUCAACCAAGACCAACGAAGAGGAUCGUAAAGUGAUCGUCAGAUCGGACCGUACUGACUCGGCUUUACCCGCCAGGGACCGUACUGACUCGGCCUUACCCGCCAGGGACCGUACUGACUCGGCCUUACCCGCCAGGGACCGUACUGACUCGGCCUUACCCGCCAGGGACCGUACUGACUCGGCCUUACCCGCCAGGGACCGUACUGACUCGGCCUUACCCGCCAGGGACCGUACUGACUCGGCCUUACCCGCCAGGGACCGUACUGACUCGCCCUAA